AAGCUUUACUCUGAUUAUGGGUAAACGGGUCUUUGCGAAAAUUCCGAUACUCAGUUUAUCCUGGUUGUAUAUUGAUGUCAAAAUCUGGGUAAACAUCUGGGUAAGCGGGAUUUGUCAAAAACAUUAACAUUGUUCGCGGCGUGUAUUCCAAAAAGUUAGAGGCUGUGGUAAAGCUCCGGAGAAAAUGGAUCGCGAAAGCUGCAAACAGAUAUUUUUGCAACAUUCCCGGCUACAACAUCUUCAGCAAAGGAGCCCGAUGUAGGCGCGCGGAACGAAACUUGGGACUGCCCUUUGAAAUCUGGAGCCUUUUUAUCAUUAUGAAUAGGGGAUGGCGCCUUGGGAAAUGGGAGAUAGACAGAGAGAGAAGAGAUCGUUGGAGGGACGGUGAUGUGUAAAACGCGUGAAGAUCGAAGUCAGAAUAAAAGCAAAGUUAUACAAGUGAAAUAAAGUUGUAAACUUAUUUAUUUGUCAUCCAGAGUGACCUACUACAAUUGGCGACGAGGAGAAGUACCACGGUAUGUUGAAAAAUGUUCUUUUUAAAAGGAAAAAGGUGAUUGGAAUCGGUGUGAGUUUUGCCUGGAAAUUUAAGAUGGCUGAAAUGAUUCGAGAAAAAAACUGUAGAAGAAAAGAGAUGUGAAUCGUGAUUAAUGACGACAACCGCAAUGAGAUGGGUGAGUGUAUGUGUGUCACUUCUCCUGGGAAGCGGGGAAUAAUGAAAGGUAAAUGCUAUGGUGUGAUGACGAAAUAGAUGGAUACAGAGAAAGGAAGUUUGUUAUUGGUGUUGGGAAUACGAGUUGUUUACCUACAAAUAACGGGAACAAUAAAGAAUGCGGUUGAAUCAUUGAUGAAAAUCGGAGAGCCCAGAAAAUCUGAUAAAGCUAGUGAUAGUGAAACGAUCCAGUUUGGGAACUGGUCUUGCGGUGUUUUUGUUUCCUGAUUUGGGAAUCAGGAGGUGUUGAUUAUACAAACCGAUUUGGGAAUCGGCAUCGAAUGAUGAAUGAGUGAUAAAUAUGGUAUCUGAUUUGGGAAUCAGAAUAUUGGUGCUAAUGGUGAAAAUGAUUGGUAUCAUCGUGGUGGAAAAAAGCUCUCGGUUUCGAGAAACUCGAGAAGCUGUUGGGCAAUCCGAUUUGGGAAUCGGGUUUUGUGUAACGCAAAAUGAAAAUGCAGAGCAUACGCAUACGAUUGGUGAUUGAGUUGGAAAGAUAUGUUGAAGCAGGGUGUAGUGCGUAUGUUCUGAUUCGGGAAUCAGACGUUUGGUAGUGUUCAUGUUGUGGCUACUGGUUACCAGAUUUGAGGACUCGUAGAAACAACCCGAUUUGGGAAUCGGAAGAGAUGAAUGGUGAGUAAAAUUGUUUUUUUUUCAGAGUUGAACAUCAUUCGACGUUUUAUGAUUACACCAAGUAAAAUCCACAUCUAGUCACCCACAUGUAGAUUGUUGCAAUCAAGCUUCGUAGUUAUAAUAUACGUGCGUUGCAUAUAGGUUAUUCAGGUGACUCAUUUCGGGUAUAUAGGCCGUUGCACAUGCUCAACAUCUAGCUGUUGGUUUUUAUUUGCAACCUGGUGUAGACAACGUUUUUGUGCGCAUGUAGAUAGAAUGCGUGGAUUGUUACCAAUGAAUACGUGCAGAUUUCUUUCAGUAAUGGUUCUUCAGUAUUUGCAAAGUUUACAACAUAUGAUUUUUUUAGGUUGUGACUGAGAUUAUCUCGAUUGCAAUGAAGACACCAACUAUAAAACAAAAUUAUGACUGAUAAUAAAGGUUUUUUUUUUCAGGGGGGGGAUAGAAAUGCUUUCUGUUCACACAUACAUUCACUCAUCUGCCAUCAAAUAAAUGCUUAUUUUCUAAAGUUAAAUAAAUGAAUAAACCCAUGCAGUUUCUUAAAUAUUUGAUAUUUCGGAAUAUAAAAGAUUAGGGUGUCAUAAUUUAAGUUGUUUUCGUACUUGCUUAUAAUGUUUCCAGAUGGAUUUGACGCGUGCCAUACCACCCUUCAGGUGCAAUGACAUUGAAAAGACCAAAUUGCAUAAAGAGUGGCAGGUGUGGAAACGGUCGCUGGAAUAUUAUUUUGAAGCCGAGGAUAUUACUGACCAAAAACGAAGACGAGCGAAACUCUUGCAUUUGGGCGGGCCACAAUUACAAGCAUUGUUUCAAUCGCUACCUAACAGCGAAAAAUUUCCAGUGGUAUCAAUAGAGAAGGCGUAUUAUGACGUAGCGGUUCAAGCGUUCGAUGAGUUUUUCCAACCCGGACGGCAAGACGUCUUGGAACGGCAUAAUCUAAGGAGGAUGAAACAACAGGAAGGUGAACGUUUUGCAGAGUUCGUGAUCAGAAUCAGACAGCAGAUAAACGAAUGCGGCGUGGACAAAUACGAAUCGAAUGUUUGUAAGGUUCUUACGGAUAUUAUGUUGACGGACACCAUUGUGGAGGGUUGCCGGUCGGACGAGCUGCGAAGGCAGAUUUUGCAAAAGGAUCGUACGGUUGAGGAGAUUGAGGAGAUUGGCAAGUCCUUAGAGGGGGUUCAAAAGCAAAUGAAGGAUUUUGGCUCGGGGCGCGAUGAAUUGAGACAAAAUGAGCGAGUUUACGGCGUUCAGUCCAAACGACAACAUCCGCCUAUCAAAUCACGUCUUGGCGGGUUCCCAGAUUUCCAACCAAAGGUAAAUCAUUCGGAGGCGAGAUGUUUCAAGUGUGGGCUGUUUGGACAUAUUUCGACUGACUCACGAUGCCCGGCCAGAGGAAAACCAUGCAAGCGUUGUAAAAGGGUAGGACAUUUCGAAGCCCGGUGCCGAAGGCCAUCCAGUGGAAAAUUUUCCUGGAAAGAGGAGACGAAAGUACCGAAGAAGGUACGAGCGGUUGAACGUGCAGCGGUACAGGAUCAGGUUCGAGAACUAAAUGUGGUUGAUGUCAGCGAACCGUUGGCAAAAGACCCUCCGAAAACCUACUACGCUUUCUAUUCGGGAAACGAGUCAAAUACAGUGAACUGCAUGAUCGGCGGAGUAAUGCACCCUAUGCUGAUAGACUCGGGAGCUGAGGUAAAUUUGAUUACUGAUGAAGCAUGGGAAAAGUUCAAGUCUGCGGGAAUCGCUGUGAUCAGCUGCGAAAAGGGAAGCGAUCGGGUGCUGAAAAGCUACGCAAACGAGACUCCUCUAACAGUACUGGGAACGUUCAAAUGUGUGGUUGCCGUGGGAAUAAGAUCUGUGGAGGCCGAGUUUUUCGUAGUGAAGAGUGGUCAGCGAUCUCUUUUGGGAGAUGGAACAGCUAAGCAGUUAGGAGUCUUAAAGGUUGGCCUAGAGAUAGACCAGGUCGCUGUAAAUGCGGAACCACUUUCUAAGGUUAAAGGAAUUUCGGUGCAUAUCCACCUAGAUCCAGAUGUUAAGCCAAUUUUCCAACCAAUGAGGAGAGUUCCGGUGGCGGUUAACAACAAACUUUCAGAGCUAAUGGCGAGGGACAUCAUCGAAGAAAAGAAGGGCCCGGUGACUUGGGUUUCGCCAUUGGUAGUCGUUGGGAAGGCGAACGGUGAACCCAGGAUAUGCCUUGAUCUGAGAAGGGUAAACGAAGCUGUUUUGCGAGAGCGACACCCAAUGCCGAUGGUUGACGACUUUCUUGCCAGAAUCGGACCAAACAUGAUUCGCAGCAAACUGGACGUCAAAGAUUCAUUCUUGCAGCUUGAGUUAGAUGAAGCUUCUAGAGAUGCGAUGGUAUUCCUGACAGCUCGUGGACUCUACAGAUUUAAGCGUAUGCCGUUCGGGCUAGUGUCGGCCCCGGAAGUUUUCCAGAAGACGAUGGACGCGAUUCUUGCCGGCUGUGAGGGUACUUGGUGGUACAUUGACGAUGUGUACAUCGAAGGCAAGGACAAAAAAGAGCAUGACGAACGGGUUGCAAAGGUAAUGUAGGUUUUGUCUUGUUUAAUUAUGUCUCACGGGGGGCAGAUCAUUCUCUUAUUUUCUUGAUUUUUUCUGAAGUUUAAAUAAAAGAAGUUAAAAUGAUUGUAACUGGUAAAAAAAAAAAUGCUGUUUCUAUCUUUAUACUUAAUUUAUAUAGGUACUGGAAAGACUGAAGGCCUGGAAUGUGCAGCUAAAUUGGAAGAAAUGUGUAUUUGGGGUCGAUGAGCUGGAAUUUAUUGGGCAUAAAAUAACAAGUUCAGGAAUAAUACCAUCUGAGGCAAAGACAGAA